AUGACCCGCUCGCAAGGCCAUGGCAGAGUCGGCGCGUUUCGCGCGCGGAGCCACCAUGGCGUUGCGCUGCUGUCGCUAGUGGCGGCGAUCGUCCUGGCGGGACUCAUUCGUCCAGUCGCGCCGUCCACCGACGCUCCGGCGCUGCACGAGUGCGACUCGUCGGACCCGCUAUUCUCGCCGCUCUCGCGCUCCGCGGGGGACCACGCGCACCGCUACCAGCGCCCGGCGCACCAGUGCUGGAGCAAGGCGGAGAUGCCGUGCUACGCGGGGAGCCGCGGCAUGGCGGCGCGCUCCGAGACGCUCAAGCGCAAGCUCCGCGCGUACCACGAGUACCGGCGCGAGUGCGACGCGAAGGAAGACAUCACGUCCUUGAAGACAAAGCUGCGCGCGGGGAACGCGACGGAGUGCAGAUACCUGCUAUGGCACUUCAAGCCCGGCGACGGGCAGGGAAACCAGUUCAUCUCGCUGGUGUCCGCGUUUGUGUACGCGCUGCUAACGAACCGCGUGUUUCUGCUCUUAACGGGGAUGGGGCCGGCGAAGCUGAUGUGCCAGCCGUUCGAGGGCGCGCCGUGGUUCGUCUACUCGGACGUGCCGAACGAGCGGUGGGAUGCGACGCUGGUGGGCAUGCGCAUCGCUUAUCAGUACUUCCCGGAUCGAGUGGCGGCUGUACAGAACGGCACCAGUGACACCAUGGACGUUCCUAACAUCGCGCAGGUGAGCCUGCAUCACACGGAGCAGAACACGAGCCUCUUCUUCUGCCCUUCAGAGCAGCAGUGGCUGGCCCGCGUGCCCUCAAUCCUACUCCUGGCCAACCAGUUCUUCCUGCCCUCGCUCUUCCACCACCCUUCCUUCCACCGCCACAUACAAGACCUCUUCCCCUCGGGCCACAUCUUCCAGACCGUCUCCCAGCUCGUCAUGUUCCCCAACAACCGCCUCUGGGCGGCCAUAACGGACAACAUUCACCGCCGGGCGGCGCCGGCCGCCGCCCGGGUGGGGCUGCAGCUGCGGCACUGCAGCGCGGAUAUUAUAUCGCAGGCGGCAGAAUGCGUGGUGCAGGUGGCGCAGGGGGAUGCUGUGGCGGAGGCGAGAAGAGAGAGGGAGAAACGGGAGGGGGAGAGGGAGCCGGGAGGGGAGCCUGGUGGGGUGGGGGCGGUGGGAGGCGUGGGGGGAGCGGGUGAGGGUGGUGCAGCGGGGGGCAGUGGGGAAGCAGUAGCAGCAGCAGCAGCAGUAGCAGCAGGGACGGGUGAGGCGACGUCGGCAUAUGGUAUGGGUGUGGCGUCGGAGGAAGGGACUUCUGCUGCCGUUGCGGUUGCUCUCGCUUUACAAGAGGGGGGCGCACCUGCUGCUGCUGCCGCCGCCGCCGCUGCAGCUGCUGGUGCUGCUGCUGCUCCGGAAGGCAGUGGCAGCAUGGGUGAGAGUGGAGGCGGUGUGAGGGGGUCGAGCAGCUCAACCGUUGUGCUCAUUGCUGCUCUCUACGAGUAUGCUCCCUACAACCUCUCGCUGCUGCUCUUCCCCAAUGCUCCCUCCUCCCCACUCACUUACACCAAGGUUAUUGUCACAGACAGCAGCAAUGACACUAGUGACAGCAGCAGCAAUGACACUAGUGACAGCAGCAGCAAUGACACUAGUGACAGCAGCACGGGCGCGGACAACAGCACUCAAACCGACUCUCUUGCAACAGACCCCAGCAGCACCACUGCAAUCACCACAAGCACAGAAACCACCACCAACAUCAACAGCAGCAGCAGCGCGGCUACCCCAGAUUUCACCCCGGUAAGCACAGUGAUCAGCAUCCCCGCCAGCAGCAGCGACAUCACCAACAGCAGCAUCAUCAGCAACGGCACCUUCUCUCUCGACCGGCUCACCACAGAGACAGCUCAAACCGGGCUAGACACGGAGGUGCAGCACGCCAUCAUAGACAUCUACACCCUCGCGCUCGCCUCUGACGCCAUUCUCAUCUUCCCCACCUCCACCUUUGGGUACCUCCUCUCCUCGCUCUUCGGCCGGCCGGCGUUUUUUGUCUCGCAGGGCUGCCAGCCGGCCCCGUUGGAGCCGUGCUACCAGCACCCCCCGCAGCCGCACCAGUGCUCAGAUGGGCAGCAAGUGGGAGUGCCGCCGUUCAGUGAUUUGUUUGCGCGCGGCGGCGGCGGAGGCGGCGAGCAGCUGGCGGGCGACGAGAGUCUGGUGUUCGAGACGAGCAAGGGCGUGCAGGUGCUGUCGUCGUUCGAGCAGAUGGGCAUCCGCGAGGACCUGCUUCGCGGAAUCUACGCGUUCGGCUUCGAGAAGCCGUCCGCCAUCCAGCAGCGCGCCAUCAAGCCUAUUAUUGCCGGCCGUGACGUCAUCGCGCAGGCGCAGUCCGGCACGGGCAAGACGAGCAUGAUCGGCCUCGCUGUGUGCCAAGUCGUCGAUACGAGCUCUAGAGAGACGCAGGCGCUAAUCCUCUCGCCGACGCGCGAGCUGGCGGUGCAGACGGAGAAGACGGUGCUGGCGGUGGGCGACUUCAUGAACGUGCAGGCCUACGCCUGCAUCGGCGGCCGCUCCAUCGGCGAGGACAUCCGCAAGCUCGAGUUCGGCGUGCAGGUGGUAUCGGGCACGCCAGGGCGAGUGUACGACAUGAUCAAGCGCCGCAGCUUGCGCACACGAGCCAUCAAACUCCUCAUUCUGGACGAGUCGGACGAGAUGCUCAACAUGGGCUUUAAGGACCAGAUCUACGACAUCUACCGCUACCUCCCGCCAGAGCUGCAGGUGGUGCUGGUGUCAGCCACGCUCCCCCACGAGAUACUGGAGAUGACCAACAAGUUCAUGACUGACCCCGUGCGCAUUCUUGUCAAGCGUGAUGAGCUCACUCUCGAGGGCAUCAAGCAAUUCUUUGUGGCGGUGGAGCGCGAGGAGUGGAAGUUUGACACGCUCUGUGACCUCUAUGACACUCUCACCAUCACUCAGGCGGUGAUUUUCUGCAACACGAAGCGCAAGGUGGACUGGCUGACGGAGAAGAUGCGAGCCAACAACUUCACCGUGUCCGCCAUGCACGGCGACAUGCCCCAGAAGGAGCGCGAUGCCAUCAUGACCGAGUUCCGCGCCGGCACCACUCGUGUUCUCAUUACCACUGACGUGUGGGCUAGAGGCAUUGACGUGCAACAGGUGUCACUGGUGAUCAACUACGAUCUCCCCAACAGUCGAGAGCUUUACAUCCACCGCAUCGGCCGCUCCGGUCGCUUCGGUAGAAAGGGUGUGGCGAUCAACUUCGUGAGGAGUGAUGACAUUCGUAUUCUGCGGGACAUAGAGCACGUAAGCCUCGUCGAGAGAGGCGCCGCCGUCGUUUUCGUCGCCUUCGCAGGAGUUGCCAUGGCGGGAUCGGCGGUGGCGGUGGGCGGCGGGAAGUCGGAGGAGGAGCUGCGCCGCGAGAUUGAGGAGAUCGAACGGCAGCAGGCGCAGGUGGAGGACAGUCUCCGCACAAUCACCUCGCGCCUUCCGCCCAGCAUAAGGCGCUCGCUGCCGCCCGCUCCCCCCGCCAUCCGCGGACAGCCGCUCCGCGCGCCCCGUCGCUUCCCGCACCCCGGAGGCGCCUCCGACCCCGCAGGCGGCGCCGGCGGUCGCGCUGGCGGGCUGUCGUUCGCGCGGCGCACACAGUCCGAUGCCGCGUUGCCGGAUGGUGACAUGGCAGGGGGCACCAAAAGACGGCGGCUGAUGUCAGCAGUCACUCGGGUGGGGCCGGACGGGGAGCCCAUCGACCCAAUCGAACCACGCCGCACCGCUCACGACGUGCCCGCAGACCCCACUGCCCCUCCCCCUCCGCCUGCACAUGCCUCCGCACCCCUAUCCUCCCCGGGCGCGCUUCCUCUGUCCGCCCAUGAGCCUGCGCCCGCCCCUCCGCGCCCAGUGGUGCAGCUGGACCCCGUGGCCCGGCGCCGCCACCGCAACAUGUUGGGAGCACUGCUUGUGGGCACGCUGCAGAGGGCGAGAGAGGAGGAGGAGAGGGAUGCAGAGCUGCUGGCACGGAGGGCGAUGAUUCAGCAGAAGGCAGAGCAGCGAGUGGCGGAGCAGAGUGAGCGGCUGAAGGAGCAGGAGAGGGAGAGGAUUCUGCAGCAGCGCAAGAGAGACCUCGUGCUGAGGGCGCGGCUGAUGGCCAAGGCGGAGGAGAAGGAGGUGCACCUGCUGGCGCGCCACUGGCACCGCCACCGCUCCCUGCUCUCGCACUUCAUCCGCACACAGGCCUCGCCACCCAUCAUGUAUCUGCCGGCCCGUCCCUCGCCACCCACUGACAAGCUACUGCAGGCACAGGCGCAGAGCUUGGAGGAGUGGCAGCAGAACCAGGAGCGCAAGGUGCAGCAACUGGUGGCGGACUCGCUGCAGCGCCACCUGGCAGAAGCUGAUAGGCUCAUGCUGCCCCAGGGUGGUGAGGAGGGGCAGGCAGUGGGGGGGGGAGAAGCAGUGGGGGUUGACGGAGGGGAGGGAGGUGAGGUGGUGGGGGGAGGUGAGGUGGUGGGGGGAGGUGAGGUGGUGGGGGGAGGUGAGGUGGUGGAAGGCGUAAAGGCAACCAAGGGAGAGAAGGGUGCAGGGUCUGACUCUGAUGAUCAGCGGAUGGACUCAGUUGUGGAUGAGGAAGAGGAGAGGGACGAGAGGAAAGAAGGGACUAGUGAAGUGCGGGUGAAGGAAGAGAAGGUAGCAGCGCCUGAUGGUGAGCUGCUGAAAGAGGAGGGUGUGGAUGGGGAGGGGAAGGGGAAGGGGCUGGAAGGAGAGAGCAGUGGUGUGCGGCAGCAGCAUGCGGAGGAGGCGAGUGGUGGGACGGGUGGAGCAAGGGAGGAGGGGUUGAGAGACAAGUAUAAAGGGGAUGAGGGAAAGGAGGAGGAAGGUGUGGAGGAGAGGGGUGAAGAGGUGAGGAGAGAGAGGCGGGCAAGGGGGGACAAGGGCAGGGAGGAAGAAGGUGAGGGCAGGGAGAAGGGAGGUGAGGGCAGGGAGAAGGGAGGUGAGGGCAGGGAGAAGGGAGGUGAAGGCAGGGAGAAGGGAGGUGAGGGCAGGGAGAAGGGAGGUGAGGGCAGGGAGAAGGGAGGUGAGGGCAGGGAGAAGGGAGGUGAGGGCAGGGAGAAGGGAGGUGAGGGCAGGGAGAAGGGAGGUGAGGGCAGGGAAAAGGGAGGUGAGGGCAGGGAAAAGGGAGGUGAGGGAAGGAGGAGGUCACGUGAGCGGCGCUCACCGGGGCGCCGCGUCCCUCGCACCCGCUCCCCGCACUCCUGCUCCCCGCACUCCCGCUCCCCGCACUCCCGCUCCCCUCAAAGGCGCUCUUCUCAGGGCAAAGGCACUGAGAGGCGCUCAGGUGGCAGCCCCUCCGGCCCCUCCAGCAGCUCCAGUGGUGGGCGUGAGGCUGCAAGGCACAGGGGUUGA